AUGGGUGACAAGGUAACAGGCAACCAUUCAGAUGUAACUGAUUUCAUUCUUGAAGGCUUCAGGGUCCGCCCAGAGUUCUACAUUCUCCUCUUCUUCCUGUUCCUGCUGGUCUAUAGCAUGGUUCUUUUGGGGAACAUUAGUGUGAUGACAAUCAUUGUAACUGACUCCCAGCUGAACACACCAAUGUAUUUUUUUCUAGGCAACCUCUCCUUCAUUGACAUCUCCUACUCCACUGUUAUUGCUCCUAAAGCCAUGGCCAACUUCCUGUCUGAAAAAAAGACAGUCUCUUUUGCAGGUUGUGUUGCCCAGUUAUUCCUUUUUGCCCUGUUCAUUGUAACAGAGGGGUUUAUCCUGGCAGCCAUGGCCUAUGACCGCUUCAGUGCCAUCUGCAAUCCUCUUCUUUAUAGUGUUCACAUGUCAAGACGCCUCUGCACUCAGUUGGUUGCUGGUUCUUAUUUCUGUGGCUGGGUCAGUUCCAUCCUCCAAGUCAGUGUAACAUUCUCAGUUUCCUUCUGUGCUUCCAGAGUCAUUGAUCACUUCUACUGUGAUUCUCAUCAAAUUGAAAAGAUUUCCUGUUCUAAUCUCUUUGUCAAUAAGAUGGUAUCUCUGAGUUUGAGUGUCAUCAUUAUUUUGCCUACAAUUGUUGUUAUUAUAGUAUCUUACAUGUACAUUGUAUCCUCAGUCUUGAAGAUCCCCUCCAGUGAAGGGAGAAAGAAAGCCUUUUCCACUUGCAGCUCCCAUCUGGGUGUUGUAAGUUUGCUCUAUGGGACUGUUUCCUUUGUGUACCUCACACCUCCAAGCAAUCCUGAACUUUGCAAAGUGGCUUCCGUAUUUUACAUAUUGGUUACACCCAUGUUAAACCCUCUGAUCUACUCUCUAAGAAAUAAAGAUGUCAAAGAAGCUUUGAGAAAAAUCCUGUGUAACAAAAAAGCUUUAUCCUAA